AUGACGUGUCAAGCCCGAACAUCAUAUACCGAAGAUGAGGUUCUUUGGGGUCACCGUUUUUUCCCUGUUAUUUCCUUAGAGGAAGGAUUCUUUAAAGUAGACUACUCCCAGUUUCAUGCAACAUUUGAAGUACCUACCCCACCAUACAGUGUGAAGGAACAGGAAGAAAUGCUUCUUAUGUCCUCUCCUUUAAUAGCACCUGCUGUAAGUAACAGUAAAGAAAGGAAUAAUUCUACAGAAUGUCUAGAUGGUCUAGAUGACAUUAGUACAAAGUUACCUUCAAAACUGCAGAAAAUGACUGGAAGGGAAGACUUCCCCAAAAAACUACUACGGAUGAGUUCUACAACUUCAGAAAAGGCUUACAGCAUGGGGGACUUGCCUAUGAAACUUCAGCGAAUAAGCUCAGUUCCUGGUAACUCAGAAGAGAAACUGGUAUCUAAAACUACAAAGAUGAUGUCAGAUCCUAUGAGUCAAUCUAUGGCUGAUUUGCCACCAAAACUUCAGAAAUUAUCAGGAGGAGGCGGCAGAAUGGAGGGGAAUCUUCCACCAAAACUGAGGAAAAUGAAUUCUGAUCGAUUUACAUAACAUGAAUAGACUUUUAGGUAUUAUUUAAAGAUUGAAUUCCUAGAAAAUCAAAUUUGAGCAGAAAAAUAACCCCCCUGAAGAGUGUGAUAACUAAAAGGUGAAAGUUUCCUCCAAAUUACAUGCAACUUACAACAUCCAUAUUCCUCCCAGAUAACGGUGACUGUACUGUAAGUAAACUUCAAAGAUAAAAGAUCUGAAAUCCUUCUUGGGGUUAUAGAGAGCUAAUAUUAAUUGGCAUGUAGUAUCACACCAAGCAUGCAAUAAUAGUGUGCAAUUUUUGCAUAUAGUUUUAUGGCAUGAUUCUUACUUAAUUUAUAUUGUAUAUUCUGAAAAAUAUGUAAAGGGGGUGUUCCUCUCCCCGAUAUUUCUUAAGGAUAAGUAGUAGGUAAAAAAUGAGUGGGUAACUUUCAGGGCAAGUUAUAAUUUAAUUUAAUUUUUCUUUUCCUGAUAUAGUCUGUGCUGUUUUGUUCAAACAGAGUAGUUAUGGUGCACGUUUUCUUUCCUAAGCCAAGGUUAUAGGCAUUAGCCAAUUCUAAACACCAAAUCUCUUAGCCUUAAGUCACUUCCCAUUUUAUAAUUUGCUUUAAGAUCUUUUUUUCCCCUGCCAUUAGGACACAAGGAGAAAUUAAAAUAUACUUCAUUUGAGGUAUUGAUAAAAAAAAAAAAAGAAAAAGAAAAUUUACUAUUUAGGGCUGGGCCAAAUAAUCCCCAAAUAGAUUUUAGUUAGAUGGAGCAAAGUACAAAGAAAUUUGUGAAAUACUUUUGUUUCAUGGUUAUUAGUAUAAAUAUAAUAAAACACUUCAAAAUAAUUAUUUUGCUUGAUUUUUGGUGCCAAUACUAUUGGCCCAAUAUGGAAAUGAUAUAAAUUAUUUCUUAAAAACAAGUACAUACAUUUCGUGGGUGAUAUUUUUUCCUUAGUAAAGUCUAGUAAAAUUCCCCUUGAUCUCAGUGGCACUAGGGCUUCAGCCUCCAUUUUAGGGGCCAACUGCAAUAAACUGAAAUAAAACUGACUCUUACUUGACUGUAAGUAGGCCUCCUUUAAUGAUUAGGGAUCUUACAAACUGAAUUGACUUUUUCUAGGUUGUCAAACUUCUAUUGCACAUCCAAAAUAUGUCAAUAUGUUAAUGUUUUACACAAAGCUUUCCUAAGCAACUUCUACUGUUUGGGACUAUUUUCUAAGUGAUUAAAAGGUUUUUAAAUUUAAAAAAUAAUCUCAGAUGAAGUUGCCCCAAAGAGUAUUAAAAUAAAAAAUGCCAACUUUUCAUAAAUGUGUGAGGUUCUAAUCUUACUUUUUUAUUUGUUUGUUUUCAUUUUUCUUUGUUAUGAUGUUUUGGCAUAGUAUAUGUACCUGUAGUCAGCUGUGGGUAAGCAGCAUUUGGUUAGCCAUAUUCUGCUCAAAGGAGGGUAGCUAUCUUAAUACACUUUCCAACCUCCCAAAAAUUAAACGUCUAUACAUCACAGCAUCUGAUAAAACCCAGUAAACGAUGACAAAAUGACAUUACCAGUAGCACAACCAUCCAGAAGUCAUGUGGUCAUUAAGAUAGGUCUGGCUCUUGAGGGUUUCCAUAUUGGCUCAUCAAUAACAGCAAAAAAAUAAAAAAAAAUAAUAAUCUUGGUCUCAAAUUGUUUGAAGUUAUUUGUAUUUUAUUAACCAGAUGUAUUUUGGGACCACAGUGAAUAGAAUAUUUUACUCUAAUCAGCAUGUAUAACUAGAACUGAUUUCUGUAAUAUAUUGGCAGUUCUGACUCAAAGGGCUUUGGACUAUGUAAAUGAGAUUUAAACGAGUGCAUAUUUUAGCACUGUAUAAAUAAUAACAACAGUAAUAAUAAUAACAGAUCUACCAAUAUGUGUAUAUGUUCAUUUUUUGUACCUGGUUGCAAGGAAUGUAAAGCAAAGUGUUCUAUGUUGCUAAGUGAGUAAUACAACAACUGGAGCUCAGCGCUUUUCCUGGGAGUUACAGUACAUGAUCUGUCAUCUGUGUACUUUUGGAUUUCAUGGUUACUUCCAAAGUUUUUCAGAGUUUAUAAUGAUUUGUGACCUGCAUUGCAUGCUUCUACACCUUCAGCUAAAUUGUCAGCCCUGUGCACGUUAUUGUUAAUGGGAGUUGUGUGUGUAAUUCCCUGCGUGCUAGUACCAUGCUCUAAUGCCUAGUGAGCAAAUUUCUAGUGUUACAAAACAAAUUCUGAAAAAUUGUAAACUACUUUCCCCACUUUUGUUGGAACUCUGCAAGAGAGAGUUUCUUGAAAAAGACAUUUAGCUUCUGCACUAGGCAAAGCUGAAGGCCCUAUCAAAAACCAUGUCUGGAACUUCCAUUUCCUUUGUUUAAGUUUCUGCAGCAUGGAAACUAGGCAGUUAUUUUAUUAUUGGAUCUUACUCUAAAGAUAGUGACAUUAGUAGCAUUUCCACUUGAGAAAUUUUGGAGUAAAUUUGUGUAUAAGAAAUGAGUAUAGGGAAAAAUAUUAAUUGAACAUUGAAAUACAAUGAGAAUUUGCAUUGUCCUAGAAAAUACAAGGCAACGGUUGGUGAACAACAAGUUAUUUAAUAGACUAAAUAGCUUUGCUCUGAAAUGGGAAGGUAUUCUCUUUUUUAUCCGAUUUUAUUUUUGAUGCUGCAGCAUACAUUGCAAUUGAAAAUGUUCAGUUAUGAUUCAUUCAUAAGAACUGAAUUUAAGUAAAUCAUUUAUCUUUCCCUGCUGGGAAUGAGGCUGCUGAGCCCUGUGGCAUGUAGUACAGUAUGAUGUAUGCUAAUAUUAAAAUAUAUAUGUUUUUCAUUGAUAAUACACUGAAAUCAGAAACAUGGAUGAUAAAUUACUUUUGUAAGUUUUUAGAAACUACUGUUAUUUUGGGUUAAUAUUUCAUUUCUACCAGUAAAACCAGUCAUUUCAUAAUUUACAUUUUAGCCCAGCCCUAUUGCUUAUGCUAAAAAAGUACUUCUGUUUGACUGCACAGCAGGUCUGUGUUCUCUACUGCUGAAUUUAUGCUUGAAUUAUAUUGUAAAUUGUAUAUAUUCAGAUUCAAAUCAACUAAAUGCAUUUUCUGGCAUGCUAUCUAUAAUUGUAUAAAUGUAUAAGUUUAUUUCGAUUAUACAAAAUUACAAACUCUUGUAUUCAUUAAUACUGCAAGCUCAGUUUUAUCUAAAGCUAUAUUAAACUUUCAAAAAUUGUUGGG